AUGUUCAUCAUGUCUGCAUCGCACAUAGCCCCUCUCUCUCAGCCUAUUACACUGAAACUCUGCGGAAAAGUGAUUCGCAACCGCCUGUACCGCACCCCCCUGAGCGAAUAUGCUUCAACAUACGACGAGGACAAUGUCGAGAACUGCGGAAAGCCUCUAGACCGAUAUGCGGAGCUUUACCAGGAGCUGGCAGAUGGUGGAGCCGGACUCAUCUGCACAGGAAACAUCCCGAUUCAUCGUGACAAUCUCGAAAACUACAACAACGCGGUGUUGGAUCCAAACAAUCCCUGGGACCCGGUUGCGGCAUUUGCCCCAGCAGUCAAGGCAGCCAAGUCUCGGGGCGCGAUCUUCCUUCCUCAAUUGCAAUUUCCGGGGCGUCAGGUGCCGGAGUUUUUGAACAAGAAUCCGAAGUCAUCGUCCGAUCAGCAAUUGGAGCCAUGUCUUAACAAGACGUAUGGUAAGCCUUCACCAUUGACGAAGGCUGAGAUUAAGGAUCUUGUCUCUCGAUAUGUGUGGGCUUCCGAAGUUCUCGCAAAGGCUGGUGCGGAUGGAAUCAUUUUGCAUGCUAGUCAUGGAUAUAUCAUGAACCAAUUCCUAUCGCCCAAGAUCAACAAACGAACGGAUGAGUACGGUGGAAGUCUGGAAAAUCGGGCACGAUUCAUCCUGGAGAUCGUCAACGCCAUCAAGGCUAAACUUCCGUCUGACAAAUUCGUGAUUGCAGCCAAGUUGAACUGCCAAGAUUUCAUUGAGGGUGGCCAGAGCUUUGCCGAGCAAUGCGUUGUGAUCAAGUGGUUGGAAGAGGCUGGCGUGGAUUUCUUUGAUAUCUCGGGCGGAACGUAUGCCUCCCCUGCCUGGCGUGGUAACAUUAUGACCGAGCUGGCAGAGCGCCCAUCGCAAAAGGAACGUGGAAGCUACUUUAUCGAGUGGGCGCAAGAGCUGAAGAAGGUCCUGUCUCGUGCUGUUAUUGGCACAACUGGUGGUUGGCGAGACAGCUAUCGUAUGUCCGAGGCUGUCGAACGUGGAGACAUCGAUAUGUGUGGAUUAGGACGACCUCUGAGAGAGGAUCCUGACUUCGUGAACAAAGUGUUGCGGGGAGAAGUCCGCAGAAGUAACUUGUAA